AUGACAUUGCGACAGUGGUUUUUAUGCUGUAACAAUGAAGUGUUUAGUAAAUCAAUCUCCCUUGCAUGUGGUCCUGAUUUAACAGGCCUGUCCUAUGUGGGUCGGGUGAGAGCUGGAUACGAGACGACCUUCACCUGUACCCCCAACUGCAUCCCAGGAUGCACCUACACCUGGCUGCUGAAGGGGCGCACUUUCAAUGGGAGUGAGUUGACCUGGACCCCAGACGGUCUGGACCGCAUUGUGGAGCUGCAGUGUACUGCGGUCAACACAGAGAGUGGGAGCUCAAAGAGCAUAACCACAAUCUUGGAGGUGAAAAGCUCAGUGUCCGUGAGGCCCAGCCCACAGCUCUCUCUCCCCGUCCUCAACCAGUCCUUCAGCCUGGACUGUGACGGCUCCUUCCCAGGCCUGCCAGUGAUUUGGUACAAAGACGGCCAGGUUGUAGCUCCAGACGCCAGGAUAAACCUGUUGGAACACAACACCUCCCUCCACUUCAACUCCCUGCUGCCCUCUGAUGGUGGCUUCUAUCAGUGCGAGGUGACCAUGGCAAACAUGGCUGAAAGCAAGGUCAUAAGCUUGGGCUACCUGCUAAACUGUGAGUAUAAGAUGUAACGCCUACGCUUCAUUUGAGAGAAUCAGUGAAUAUUGGUGAUGCUCUCCAAUUUUCCUUUAAAAAAAUGUAGAGGCAAAGCUAUUUUGCUGACAUUUUCUUCCUUUGCUGACCGUUGAUCAUUGGAGUGUUAGUAUCAGUGGCCCUGGCACAGUGUUGCCUGGGAGGGAAUACAUCCUUACCUGCAAGGUGAACUGCACUGUCGACUGCUCCAUCCGCUGGCCGUUGAGGGGGGGUAUCCUCACUAGCACCUACCUCUCCGUGAACAGGAACAUCCUGAAAUGGAUCCCGUCGGUACCUGGUACGGUCCAGAACUUCACCUGUGUGGUGAAGAACACAGCAGCUGGAUGCUCUGCAGAGGCCUCCAAGACAGUGAAGGUCACAGGACCCACAGUAUCAGGAUCUGAAACACUGAGGCUGAGUGGAGUUUUAGGACUGGUCCUCUGUGUGGGUCAGCUGUUCCUCCUGGAUCCCUAGAGGCGGCGCUAUAAGACUACAGAUAAUGGGAAGGACAGAGGAGAACAUUGAUUGAGACCAGGUUCACCUUCAGAAUGAACAAUAAAACAGGAACCAACGUUUGGAAAUUCUUAAUCCUGUCCAAUAAGAAUGCUAAUUUCUCAGAAUAAGAAUAUAAGAAUGUAAGAAUGUUUCCUAUGUUGUGGCAUAAUGAUAGUUGAGUCAUUGGAAGUUUCCAGUGAAUUAUGUUUAUCAUUCACAUGCAGUGGAUAAUGAUGAGAAAUUAUCUAUGUAAUAUUUCCUUAUUUGCAAUACGUACUGUAUUAUAAUUAUUUGUAUUAUUUCUGUACUUUGUUGCUGUUGAGAUGACCUUGUAAAAUAUACUCCCAGAUGAGUGUGGUAAUACAGUUAAAGUCGGAAGUUUA